AUGAUCGUUACCUCAGUCAUUGACUCAUCCUUACCUCAGACAACAACUCAUCCUUACCUCAGACAACAACUCAUCCUUACCUCAGACAACAACUCAUCCUUACCUCAGUCAUUGACUCAUCCUUACCUCAGACAACAACUCAUCCUUACCUCAGUCAUUGACUCAUCCUUACCUCAGACAACAACUCAUCCUUACCUCAGUCAUUGA